AUGGAAUUACUGAAUAAAGAAGAAAUAUUGUCAAUAGCAAAAAUAUGUGGAUUUAAUAACGUCAUAAGUUGGUGCAUUGAAGAGUUUCCUAAUAAAGUCAUCGGAUACCUUGGAGAUCAUCUUAAACUUGUUAUUCAAGUCGAAUCAAAAGGAAUCCGGACUAAUUUAAACCUGUUUAUAAAAUGCAUGCCGAGGCUGGACAAGUGGAAAGCUCAGUAUUUAAAAGAGCUGAACUUCUUCAAAAAAGAGUAUGUUAUGCUCAGUAAAUUAUUCAAAGAUUUUCGGAGCAUUGAAGCUUCCCGUAAGUGGCGCCCUAAGCUACUCUUCAUAAAAGAGGAUAUAUUCGUUUUUGAAAAUAUCACAACAAUUGGAUAUUCCAUGCCAGACCACAAGGAGACCAUGCCAUUAGAAAUGUUAAGAGCCGCUGUUAAAAGUUUAGCUAGAUUCCACGCUGAAUCAUAUAUUUACGAGGAAAAUAAAUCUAAAGAACUCGGAAGACCCUACAGAAUUUGGGAAGACUAUAGCGAGUACCUACAAGAACCUGAACAAGGAAUGGCCUGGCGGAAUACUGGCAGAAACGGUGUUAUUGAUUUCUUAAAAGUGUUUUCAAGGUUUAAAGCCGAAUCAAAUUUUUCUCGACAUUUAGAUUUCAUCAUACCAAUGCUAUAUGAUGGAGCAUUAGCUCUAAUGAAACCCAGCUCUGAAUACAGGAACGUAGUGGCACAUCGUGAUCUGUGGACGAACAAUAUACUGUUAAAAAAAUGUGAAGAUUCUUAUCAUGCUGUUUUAGUUGACUUUCAAACAGUCUUGUAUUGUUCUCCGAUGCUGGACUUGUCAUCUCUCAUAUUCUUUAACACGACCAGAAGUGACAGAUACAAUUAUACAGACGAACUCAUCGAUCUUUAUUAUGACACGAUAUCGGAAGAAUUACUCAUAGAAGAUAUUCAAAUCAAUGAAAUCAUGGACAAAGAUACCUUGAUAAAGGCGUACAAUGAUAGCAUUAUGUUUGGAAUUACCCAAGCUGCAUUAAUAGUUCCAAUAGUAUCGAUGACCGAAGAGAAGAGAAAACAAAUAUUCUAUGACCCUGAAAAUUGUAAAAAAGCGAAUGUCGUUUCUCGUGGUGAAUACUUUAUUGAAAUCGCCAAAGAAGAUGCAUCUUAUCGAAAAAGGGUACUAGAAUUAUUCGAUGAAAUUAUUGAAAGAUACAUAUAUCCACAUGAAAGCAGCCAACAUAGACCCGAUAAACAUUAA